AAUAAAUAUUUUAUAUUUUUUGUGUGCCCUUUACUUCACAUUACUUCAAUUCUCUCUUUCACUUCUUUAAAAUCAAACCUUCUUUCCAAAAUCACUCAAAUUCAGAAUCUCUUCCACUCCACCCUCAAAGGAGAGAGAGAUUCUAAAUUCUAAACUUUUACUCAAAAUUCUAAACCCAAAUUUUAUUUUUUAUUUUUAUUUUCUUAUCUCAAAAAUGAAGAACACAAACACUAACACAAAACUCAUUCUCCUUCAUCCAUAUAUCCAAAAACAAGGUAACUCAAAUCGAUUAUGGCUUCUAGCAUUCAUAUCAAUUCUCACUUUAGCUUUUCUUGCAACACUCAUUUACACAAGAGACAGAGAAUCAACCUUAAACAACACAAACACUUCAAUAAUUUCCUCUGUUAUUACCAACCCUGUUUCUGCACCAUUACCAGCAACAGUUAUUAACACUCUUCUUCACUAUGCUUCAAAAUCAAACGACUCAUAUCACAUGACAUACUCUGAUCUCAAACCAAUCUCCGACGUGCUUCGAAAAUGUUCAUCACCUUGUAAUUUGCUUGUUUUUGGUCUCACACCAGAAACUCUUUUAUGGAAAGCACUUAACCAUAAUGGAAAAACAGUUUUCAUCGAUGAAAAUCGGUAUUAUGCGGCAUAUAUUGAAGAAAAACAUCCUGAGAUUGAUGCUUAUGAUGUUACUUAUACAACUAAAAGGAGUGAGAUGAAAGAGCUUAUAGCUUCAGCUAAAGAACAUGUAGCUAAUGAAUGUAAACCAGUGCAGAAUCUUUUAUUCUCGGAUUGUAAACUCGGGAUUAAUGAUCUUCCGAACCAUGUUUAUGAGGUUGAUUGGGAUGUUAUAUUGGUUGAUGGGCCACGCGGGGAUUGGCCGGAAGCUCCCGGAAGAAUGUCGGCGAUAUUUACCGCCGGGGUGUUGGCUAGAAGUAAGAAAGGUGGGAAUCCUAAGACUCAUGUUUUUUUGCAUGAUUUUUCUGGUGAAGUUCAACAAGUUUGUGGGAAUGAGUUUUUGUGUAAAGAGAAUUUGUUGGAAGCAAGUGAGAGUAUGGGGCAUUAUGUUUUGGAAAGGAUGAAUGAGAGUAGUGUUCAAUAUUGUAAAGGGUCAUCGUCUUCUUCGUCCACUUAGUGCAUGUCACGCUGAGUUUGACAGAAUCACAGUGAUAUUUUAAUUCUGCUAAAGUUUCAAAAUGUAACUUUUAGCAGAACUAUGAUGACGCAAUGUGAUUCUGAAAAAUUUACCGUCAACACAUACAUUCGCUUAAUUAGUUACUCUCUUCUUCCAUUCAAUUUGUCAUAAUCAUCUUAGUCACACAAUUGGUUCUUCUUCCAUCAGCUAUUUUACCCUUAUGGUCUUUUGGGGGUAUUUAUCAUCCAUUUAUGCUUUGUUUGUUUCUUGGUUGGAGCUUGUAAAAAUUAAUAAUUCUUUUUGUUUUUCAUUGCUUUUCAUUUUAUGGAAACUGUAAUUUGCUCAAUGAAUUCAACCUUUCAAAUUUCAAUUAA